UAACGUAUAUGUUUUGGCUGCCGAUAUUUUGUUGAAGUUUUUCUUGUAACACUAACAUAGUGGUGCAGUAUAAGGAGUGCCCUCUGAAAGAACAUAAAUGUCCGGUAAGGACCGGAACUCUCCCAGUACCUCCGGGGCGCAGUUUGGGGUUUGUUCCAUUUGCAAGGACAACACCGUAUCUGAUAUCAAUUCUACAAGGUGCGGACACAUUUUUCACGGAGACUGUGUGAAAAGAUGGUUAGAGAACUCGACUAUAUGCCCUGUGUGCAGAACAAAUAUAACAGGGGACGAACUCAUCAAGAUAUACCCCGGGACACAGGAUAGAAACGAAGUUCCCAUAGCAAACAGUCUGCUGACUGAGGAGGAGCUCAAGUCACUCACUCUAGAAGCAUUUAAGUCCCAGAACAUAGUGUACAACCAGUUGUCCUUACUUGGAGAGAAGCUCUCUGCUCAGACCACAUAUAUUGAGACUCUUAAAGCAAAGUUGGAGGACAAGGAACAGAAGUUGGGGGUGGUGGAGGGUGAGAGGACAAAGUUAGAGGAGAAUCUGCUCAAGUUAUCUCUGAGUCAUGAAGAAUUACAGGUGGCUUCGACGAAGCUAAAAUCGGAAAAAGAAAGUUGUCAAAAUAAGCUGGAAGAGAUUGAUGCUACGGUGGAUUUUAUGGACACUCUGGUUGAACAACAUAAAGCUGAUUAUCAGGAGUCUCGUAACACUAUUGGGGAGCUGGAAGACGAGUUGGCUACAAUUCAGGCAGCAUGCACUGAAAUGGAAGAGACAAUUUCGAGAAUACAGCUUAUUAAAUACGAAAUUGAAACUGAGGAACAAUCGGAGAGGGCUCUGGACGAUUUUGUGGAAGACUUAGUGAACGUGAACUGUGAACUGAGAAAAAAGAUGAGUGUCACUGAGCGAGCUGAGGAGACAAAGGAUUACAAAAUCAUGGAUUUAGAACUUAAUGUGAACGGUCUCCGGGAAACACUGCGAGAUGUUCAGGAGUCAUACGCUGACCAGAGCUCCGAAUCAAAAGAAAUGGAACAAGCACUCCGUACCAUGCAGAGGCUAUAUAAAGAUCAGGGUGAUGAGCUAAUGUCACUCAAAGAAGAAAGGGACCAGUAUCAAAGUGACUUAAAAGAUAUGCUAGACAGUUUAAAAAAGAGCGAGGAAGUAGUUGGUGACGUUGAAGCUAUGCGAAGACAAAGUGAACUUCUCAAUCAGUCGUACGAAGGACAACUGGCUGACAGUAAAAUGAAAAUACUAAAUCUCAAGCGAGACAAAAAAGAUGCUGUCACGAUGGUCGGGUUAAAGGAGGACGUCAUUAGGACCCUGCAAGACUCGAUAAAUACUACAGCAAACAGUUACCUGGACCAACUAGACAAGUUUGCUGGGCAGUCGGACGGUAUAACUGCUGAAAGGGGACGGGAAACUGACGCUCUCGCCAUCUUAGAUCAACGCUUCAAGAUACUGUCAGAAGAGAUUGAGAAGAAAGAUAACCUUCUGAUUCAUUUGAUGAACGAGAAAACAACCCUUGAGGAGGAGAGAAACGUUAAAGUUCAAAUAGCGGGACAGGAAUUACAAGACAAAGUGGACACGAUGUCAGAAAAGAUAAAAAAGUUGGAGGGGGAAAUUAAAGACCGGGAGAAUAUGAUGGAGGAAAAAGAAAUGGUGAUCGCUCAUUUAGUGAACGUUGUUAACAGAUAUGCGUUCAAUGACAGAGACGACGGUAGAAAUGGGAACCCAAAAAAGAAGAUUUCGUCUCCAGACGGGUUGCUCUCAGUUUCCAUAUCGUCUGACGUGACGGACAGACAGAGCAAGAACAAAAAAGUUCAGAAAGGAGCAUCACUUCCGGCUAACAGUAGAGGUGGUUUCCUGCGCAGGAGCUUUGUUUCUAAAUUUGUUGCUUGAACUUAUUAUUGUUAUUCAAACACUACAUUACUGAAGAGAAUGACAUUUUUGAUGAUGUUUCUCACAUUCAAAGGUUCGGUCUAUCAGAGAAAAAGUGUAUUUUAAUUGAAAUUGUGACUUGAUCAAUUGUUGACUGAUAAAAUGGUAGACUAUGAUUUAGCUAAAAACUAAAAGUAUUUAUAUACAGCCACAGUCCCAUCUGAAUUAUC